UUUUAUUUUUUUACACAAAUAGACUUACAGUUGGUUUGAUAAAUUUUUGUAUGACUAUAAUCAAUAAUAUGGACUUUGGUGGGCUUGAGCCCACCAAUAUAUAUAUAUAUAUAUAUAUUUCCUAGAGGUAAUUUGAGCCCAACUUAAAAAAAAAAAAAAAAAGGUUUUAGUAGUACUAGCUCACCCCAUAAUAGAUUAGCCCACCUCAUUAUGCAAUUCUUGAUCUGCCAUUGAAUAUAUAGAUAUAUAUAUAUAUAUAUAUAUAUGGCUUAAAAUAGUCUUAUAUUAAUUGUAAGUUCGUCCCCCAACUAUAGAAUCCUGGCUCCGCCCCCUAAUGGUAGGACCGAUGCAUGACAUAAAUAUUGUAUUAAAUAGAUGCACAUGCAAUAUAUAUGUGAUGUUGGAGUUGAGUCUGUUAGUAUCAGUGACCAUUGGUGUCUUAUAUCAUUGAUAUAAUGACGCCCUUGAUCCCAUAUUAAUAGACUCAAAGGUAUUCCAAAUUGAAUGGUAAAUGCGUUUCUUAUAAAUAUAUGGAUUAACUAAUAUAGUACACUCAAUGAUCAUUUUGAUCUUGAAGUGGUCGGAAUUAAUUAUUGUUAGAAUAAGUGGGAGAAUGUAAGUAAAAUUAAUAGUAUGCACAAACCAAAUAUUUAAUUGAUGUGCAUUACAUCAUAUUAAUUCCUAAAAGUGUCUCAUGAAUAGUCACAUAUGAAAAGGAACCAACCCGCCAACCCUUGCCUAUAAAUAUGUGUUAAAAGUCUGGAGAACAUCACAGAGGAAGAUUAAAGGGUUGAAGGUGGUUUCCAAUCCGAAUAUGUCAGGAGCAUUGUAAUUCUCUUAAAUAGAGUUUUGUAUCGGGUAUGUCUCCUAAUUGAAUUUAUGCAUUUAAGUCCAUGAGUUUAUUUAUGUUUGAAUUUUCUUACAUGCACUUCUCUGCAGGAAAUUUUAAAGUCGUUUCUAUAGUCGAAGUUCUGAAAUCAAUAGUCUGCGAACAUGAAUUCUGAUCUUCUAAACGAGACUGCACAAUGGACGUGGUGGUGGAAGGGCAGCAGCAAAAAAGAUGAGCUUGCUCUAUCAUUUCUCACUGUUUCAGCGGUGAUUUUAGCAAUCUUCUGGUACCUAUGGACAUCUGUGAAGGCAAGCAAAGGAGUGGCUCCAUUGCCACCAGGGCCUCGUGGCUUGCCAGUCGUUGGGUACCUCCCAUUUCUUGGCACCAACCUACACACAAUAUUUGCAGAAUUAGCUCAUCGUUAUGGUCCAAUCUACAAGCUCUGGCUCGGAAAAAAACUCUGUAUAGUUCUGAGCUCAACCUCCCUUGCAAAAGAGGUGGUUCGCGACCAGGACAUAAGUUUUUCUAACCGUGACGCGUCCAUGGCAGGAUUGGCCGUCACAUAUGGUGGGCUUGAUAUAGUAUGGAGCCCCUAUGGCUCCUACUGGCGCACUAUCCGCAAAGUUUUUGUUCGAGAGAUGAUGAGUAGCGCCAAUAUGGAGGCUGGUUACAAUCUUCGAAAAGAGGAGGUUAGGAAGACAAUUAGAGAUGUGUAUGCCAAGAUUGGCAAGCCUUUGGAUAUAGGAAAAAUAAUUUUUUUGACAGAACAAAAUGUUGUGAUGAGCAUGUUGUGGAGUGACACACUAGAAGGGGAGAAGAAUAGUGGUGUUCGAGAUGAGUUUCAGGAGGUAAUCAGAAAAAUGAUUGAACUCCUUUCAAAACCAAACAUAUCUGACUUUUUUCCAAUGCUUGCAAGGUUUGAUAUACAGGGCGUGGAGCAACAAGGAAAGAGGCUUCUAGCAAGGUUAGACCGAAUACUAGAUGUUGUCAUAAAUGAACGGAUGAGAUUGGACAGUUGCGAGGGAGCAGGGGUGUCCAAGGACGAAGAAAAGAAGGAUUUUCUUCAAAUCCUUUUGGCGAUGAAGAAGGAGAAGGAAGAUACUGCAAGUCCACUUACCUUGACACAAAUCAAGGCCAUGAUGAUAGACAUUGUGUCUGGCGCGACUGACACAACAGCAACCAUAGCUGAGUGGGUGAUGGCAGAGCUCAUGUGCCGUCCAGGAGUAAUGAAAAAGGUCCAAGAAGAGUUAGCAGAAGUAGUUGGAAUGAACAUUGUUGAAGAGCCCCAUCUCCCCAAACUACACUAUUUGGAUGCAGUCGUGAAGGAAACAUUCCGGUUACACCCUCCACUCCCUCUCUUAGUCCCAAAGACUCCGAGUAAAUCUUGCACAGUAGGUGGCUACACUAUACCAAAGAACACUAAGGUCUUGGUUAAUGUUUGGGCAUUGCAUAGGGACCCUCAGGUUUGGGAUGAUCCAUCUGAGUUCAAGCCUGAGAGGUUCUUGAGUGAACCGGGCAAAUGGGAUUACAGUGGCAACAGUGUUCAGUUUCUUCCAUUUGGAUCCGGAAGAAGGGUAUGUGCGGGCAUACCCCUAGCAGAGAAAAUGCUUCUGGACAUAUUGGGUUCGCUCUUGCAUUCAUUCGACUGGCAAAUGCCAAAGGGCGAAGUGCUUGAGCUUUCAGAGAAAUUUGGGAUUGUUAUGAAGAAAAAUACUUCACUGCUUGCUAUUCCCACCCCAAGGUUACCUAGCAAGGAGCUCUAUGCAUGAUACAAACUACUUCAGAAAAUAAAAAGAGGCUACAAUGACAAUAGUGCGGACAGAUUCCUCACUUGGUGUCAAAUAAGGUGCUUCUUACAGCUGGUAGUUGUGAACUCUAUAAUUGCUGUACAAUAACAAUAGUGUCUCUCUUUAUGAGCUUACUCGCUGUAAAAUAAGGUGCUUCUCACAUCUGGUAAUUGAGAACUCCAAUAAUUUCUUUUCCUA